CUUUCAAUAAAAUCUGUGAAGAGACCUUGAGCUAUCAGUAAUUGCUGUCUCUUGUUCACCUUUUUUUUUAAAAAAUAUGAAUUUUUUUCCAACAGAUGCUUGCUGUUACCAUCCUGGGGUUCCCAUAUUUCAUGAUGCACUCAAGGGAUGGUCAUGCUGCAAAAAGAAGACAACAGACUUUUCUGAAUUUCUGGCAAUCCCGGGGUGCACCAAGGGGAAGCACUGCAACGUGAAGCCGCCGGAGCCCCCGAAACCAGAGGUAACAUGUACCAAGGAUGGAACAGAUAACCUGAAGUCAGGGACUGCCACUGAAUACAUCAUGAAGGGUCCCAAAUCAGCAGAGAUGAUGAAGAAAGAAAGACCAAGUUCCGACGAGCCAAUGGUAAAACUACCUCAGAGAGUCUCCAAGUCACUGCAAGAGUCCUUGGACAAGCUCAGUGAAUCAAAUCAGAAAACAGAUACAAAGAAAGAGGAUGACAUCAGUAGUGGCGUUAAAGUGGGCACCUUGUGUAAAAACGCUGGCUGUAAGACGGCAUUUCAGGGGCUAGAGAGCAAUCAGGAAUUGUGCCACUUUCAUAGUGGAAUACCCAUCUUCCAUGAAGGAAUGAAGUACUGGAGCUGCUGUAAGAUAAAGACCACUGAAUUUGAUGAGUUCCUUGAACAGCCUGGCUGUGUCAGAGGCAAGCACCUCUGGACCAAAAAAGAAACAGAUAAGAAGCUGGUUGGCUGCCGAUACGAUUGGCAUCAGACUGGCAGUACGGUCGUUCUCACAGUUUAUGCAAAAACAUCCAACCCAGAGCACAGCUACGUAGAUGCUAACCAGACAAUGUUGACUAUCCACAUCAUGUUUGAAAAGGACAAAGUUUUUCAUAAAGUAUUAAAUCUAUGGGGUGUUGUAGAUACAAGUCAAAGCUCCGUCACUAUGGGCCCAACCAAAGUGGAAAUCAGCCUUCGGAAGAUGGAUCCUGUGACCUGGGCCAAGCUUGAACUGCCUCGGCAUGAAGUUGAGGAGAAGGAAGAAAAGAAAGGAGAAAGCCAAAAAGAAGAGAAAGUAAAGGAGAGUAAACCUAUCGCUCAGGAGUUUAACGAAGUGUACCUGGGAGAUGAGCCUCCGCCUCUAGAAGAUGAUGAAUCUGAUGAUAGUUUAGGACUGUCUGAUACCGAAGAAGAAUUUGAUUGAUGUUUCAUUGGAUCCAACAACAAAUAGCAAAGUACUGCAAUUUUAUACAGUUUUGCUUUUCUGAUAGUGUGUAUGUGAUUAUCUUAUUAUGAAGCAUAGUUUGCAGUGUGGAGUAUCCCCUGAAAAUUAAAAUAUUUGCAGAAUGUAAAAAA